AUGGGAGAAAAUGAUCAACUUUUCGAAACUGCCGUGUUUGUUGUACAAAAUUUGCCAAAAGAUGGUGAGAUUUUUAAUGGGGUAGAAAAAUUUGAUUGAAAAAAUUAUAUUUUGAUAUAGGGCUAUAGCAAAAUCAAAAUAUCUCGCCACGAAAUGUUUUCCACUAAAAAUUGCAAUUUUGUUUGAAAAAAAAUAAGAUAAAAUUUUGAGUCAACGCAUUUUCGAUGAAAAAAAUACGUUUCAAAAAUAAAAUAUAAUUUAAUUUAUUAUUGGUUUUAUAAUGUAUUAGGAAUAAAAUGUAAAACAAUUUUUUUCAACUUUCAAAAUGAGUUUUGAUUCCAGGACCCGUGAAAACAUCAAAUGAUGAAAAAUUGAAUUUCUAUUCACUUUUCAAACAAGCAACAAUCGGAAAAUGCAAUGUUUCAAAGCCUGGUUUUUAUGAUAUUCAAGGAGUUUAUAAGUGGAAUUCUUGGAAUAAUCUUGGAGAAAUGAGCCACGAAGAAGCUAAACAAAAAUAUGUGCAAAAUAUUAUUGAGAAAAUCAAAAAUGUUCAGGCAAAUUAUAAAACUGAAGAAUGGAUGACUGGUGAAACAUUUGAGGUUCUUGGCCCAAAAUUUGAGAUACUUGGAGUGAUUGAACCAAAGAAAUCAGCUGAAGUUGAAGGAGAAGAAGAAGAAGAGAAAAAUGAGAAAAAAGAUGAGACAACUACAAAUUCGAGUAUUUGUCAAUUAUCUGAUAAUGAAUAUGCUGAUGCAAUUGAUGAUGAACAACAAUCAAGGUAUUUUCAAUUCUCGAAUGAAAAUAGUGUUUUGUGUGAGAUUACUGUAGAUGAAUUGUAAGGAAAAUUAGACUAAAAAUCAGAUUUCACGCCUGAUAUUUAUUUUAAAAAAACGUUCUCUGAAUUGAACAAAAUUUAAUUAUCCCGCUUGGAUUUUUAAUUUUUAUUACAAAUUUUCAAACAAAAUCGGAACGUUUCUAAAUCAUCAAAUAACUUCUGAUAAUUUAAAAAAAAUCUGAAAUUUUAUUUUUCUUCAGAUCCUCAUCUUUCACCGAAAAUCGAAGUAUUCGAAGAAUGACUUCUCCAUCAUUGAGAAGUUCUUGUCUUCGACUAGAAAGAGAACUAAAAUCAAUAACUGAACAAAUUGAAAAUCUUGGAAAAGCCGUCGAAAGUCGUCACAAUAUUCUACAAAAUCUUCUGAAAAAAGCCACAGUUUAUGUUUUGGUGCCACGUGCCAAUUCCUGGAAAACCAUUAUAUUUUUCAUUUUCUGGCCAUUUGUUGCUCAUUUAAUUUUGAAAUAUUUCCGGUGGUUUAUGAGAUUGUUAUAA